CGUAGCGCGUAGUUCGUUCAGUGUUACGGUAGCUAUUGCGUCGAUAGCAGAGUAGGCGUCAAAAAAAACAUACCGUGCGUCCCGUUAUAAAUAAACUCUUAACGCAGUAAAGCGUCUAAUAAGAGAAAAAAUUGAUAAUAUAAGCCACACGUUACAUCCGAAACGUUUUCCGUCAUUUCCCGGAGAGUGCGAAAUCGAUCCAAUUGAAAAUAAUAAAAAGAGAGAUCAUGAGUACUCCAGUUAAGAAGGUGCCCAUUCACUUGCAGAGUUCUCAAAAUCGAUUAUUAAUUAAAAAUGGACAAGUUGUGAAUGACGAUGAAAUUUUUGAAGAGGAUAUCUACAUUGAGGAUGGGAGUGUAAAGCAAAUAGGAAGGAAUUUGAUCAUCCCGGGCGGUACUCGAGUCAUUGACGCUAGGGGAAAGUACGUAAUGCCCGGAGGGAUCGAUCCUCACACCCACUUCGAGUUCGAAUUUAUGGGGGCGACCUCCGUCGACGACUUUUAUCAAGGGACCAAAGCUGCUAUUGCUGGAGGCACCACUAUGAUUAUUGAUUUUGUAAUGCCAAAAAAUGGUGAAUCCCUUUUGGAUGCAUACGCAAAUUAUCGUCAGAAAGCUGAUAGCAAAGUAUGUUGUGAUUACGCCCUGCACGUAAUCGUAACCAGCUGGAAUAAUAUCAUCAAGGAAGAGAUGAACACGUUGUGCCAUCAGCACGGAGUCAACUCCUUCAAAAUGUUUAUGGCUUAUGAUAUGAUGAUGAACGAUGGUGAUCUUUACUCCGUCUUUGAACAUUGCAAAAAUAUCGGUGCUGUUCCCAUGGUCCACGCAGAAAAUGGCCAUAUUAUUAAGAAAAAUGUGGAACGAUUGUUAAAUAAGGGAAUCACCGGUCCUGAAGGGCACGAAAUGUCGAGACCUGAAGAAGUCGAAGCUGAAGCUGUUAAUAGAGCUUGUACAAUUGCCCAACAGGUAAAUAGUCCUUUAUACAUAGUGCACGUAAUGAGUAAAUCGGCUGCAACAACAUUAAAACAAUAUCGCGAGAAGGGCACGAAUAUAAUUGGCGAAACUUUGGUUUGUGCACUAGCAUGUGACGGUUCUCAAUAUCGACACCAAUGCUUCUGGCACUCAGCGGGACAUGUCUUAAGUCCUCCUUUAAGACCUGACCCUAACACUCCACAAUUUCUCUUAAAUUUUCUUUCGCAGGAUGUUCUUCAAUUAACUGCAAGCGAUAAUUGCACUUUUAAUAAGUCCCAGAAAGAAAUGGGGAAAGAAAAUUUUUCGAAAAUUCCGAACGGAGUUAACGGAGUUGAGGAUAGAAUGUCUGUGAUUUGGGAGAAAGGUGUUCAUUCGGGAUUAAUCGACCCCACCAGAUUCGUCGCAAUAACCAGUUCCAACGCGGCAAAAAUUUUCAAUUUAUACCCGAGGAAAGGUUGUAUCGCAAUCGGAUCUGACGCAGAUAUCGUCAUUUGGAACCCAUCAAAAACCAGGGUGAUAUCUGCAAAAACACACCAUCAAGCAGUCGACUUCAAUGUAUUCGAAGGCAUGGAAUGUCACGGCGUUCCCGAAUAUGUUAUUGUAAAUGGGAGAGUUUGUGUUGAUGAAGAACAACUCCGUGCCGUACAAGGGUACGGGCAUUUCAUCGAAACACCACUUUACCCACCAUUUAUUUACAACCCAGAGAAAGUACUCGAUUUAAAACCCGGCAAAGAAUCUAAUGGUGUUAACGAAGUCGAACUUGCUAAUAAAUUACAUCGUAUUGAAAUGGAACCUAAGGGAUGCGUUACCCCGACAUUACCAAAUUCCGCUGUUUCCACACCUUGUUGUAAAGGUGCAAGACCAGAAGGGCAACGUAAUAUACAAGAAUCAACAUUUUCUGUUAGUGAAGAACUUGACGUUGAACGAAAAUCAUGUAUUAAAGUAAGAAAUCCACCUGGUGGUAAAUCUUCAGGUUUCUGGUAAAGAUGUGUUGGUUAUAAUGAGAAAACCUGAGAAGAAGCUAUGGUACCAAAGUAAUUCUUCCAACCGCGCGGAUAAUUAGCAUAUUUAAAAUAACUUUUCUUUCACAAGUUUUUUGUAACGACCAAAAUUCAUCCGCAAGUAGCUUACUGCAUAAACAAAAAGUUAUCUUGAAAAUAGUCAUAAGCAACGUUUGUUUCUUUCAUCAUUUUAAUAAUAAAUAUUUGCUUAUGGUUGUUUUGAGGAAAAAAUUACGCUGUUUUAAAAAAAAAGUUUUUGUUUAAUAAUUUAUCUUAUUAGCUAAUACCGUUUUAAUAUUUAUAUAUAACAUGUUAAAUUUUUAGUGUAUUUUUGAAUUUAUUAUUAUUGUUUGGAUGUGCUGCGUAAAGUUAGAUACACCUUCUGGUCUAUUUUAAAUCAGAAGAUAAUAUUAAAAAAAAAGAAAAUUAAUGUACGUCACCUCAUUGUAAUAAUAAGUGUUUCGACACAGCAA